AUGGAUGGCAAGUAUGCCAACAAGAGCUAUCCUGUGAACGAUCUAAAGGGCAUCUUCGCACCUUGGGAUUGUGAAGUCACAAAGUUGCCAACUGGCCGCUCUGCCCGUGACUUGAUAGACUCUGAUGUUCCUCCAUUCACCUAUGAUGACCUACCAGAGAUCAAGGCCAAAGUGAAGGCAUCCAUUCAAAAGCGACAUGGUAUCUCCAACAAACUUGUUCAGGAUUGUAUCCAGGAGCGUUUGGCCAUCCUUGCUGUGAGGAAUGACUUGUUUCAUACACCUAUGACAAGCAAUCUUGAUGUUGUUGAUAUUGCAAACAGGAUCCGAUCAAUGAUGACAAAGCUACCACCGACUACACACUUUGAGAACUCUAUUGCUCCACUACCAACAAUGUCAAACACAAGCAACCACAAUAGUAACAACGAUGAAUGUCUACUAUUAGAGGAAAUGGAGAUUGACACAUCAGACAGCGAGCAUGGUGUCAACAACACCAGAAACACCAGCAGCAGCAGCAGCAGCAGCAGUACUACUACAACAACGACAACCACUACAACGACCACGACCAGCACCUCAACUACCAGCUCCAACAACAAUGCAUAUCUAUAUGUGAUCAUGACCACUGGAAGUCAUCACUCUGUACUGAUUGGCCACCAACAAGCAAGGUGUCUGAUUCACUUGGACUCUUUGAACAUGCAUAAGUCCAUUGCACAAUCCAUCACCAACAAGUACAACGAGUCGGUUACAGAUGAUGAUGAUAGGUUCGUGCUGUACUCCAACACUGGAACAAUCCAACAAGAUGUAUGGAGUUGUGGUCUUUGGUCAAUCUUCUUUGUUGGAUAUGUUAUCAAGAGGUGGAAAUGCUUAUUAGUAGAUAAUAAAUAA